AGUUCACCACCAAUGAGACAACCGUGACAUUGGUUCCCCCCCAUCCAACUGGUACUGAACUCACAAGUACGGAGACUACCAUGGCAAGCACACGUUCUCUUCCAAUGACAGAGACAUCCACACCCAAUGCGAUAAGGUCUUCCGUUCACACCCCAAUGGAAACAAACAACAGUGAGACAACCUCACCCAUAUCCUCUCCACCACCAACUCUGACCAGCUCCUCCACCCACAGCUCCUUCUUGACUUCUGUUUCUCAAACAACCCUUUCCGAACCCACCACCAAUGAAACGACUCUGGCAACAACAGUUUCUGCUCCAGCUUCAACAGAAUUUACCAACCGUGAAACUAUAUUGUCAACAACACCCUCUGCGUCCACUCCAUCUGAAACAUCCACUAGCGGGACAACCUCUACAACAGGUAUUCGCUCUCCAGUUGUCACGACAUCUUCUACUGAGAGUACUAGAACGACAAAUGUGUCACACACAACAGUUCCUGAAUUUAUUACCAGUACCUCACCCCAGACGACAACUCCUCCACAUCUGACUUUUACAAAAUUCACAGGCAGUGAGACUACCAUAGCAACUAGUUUUUCUGUACAAACUACAGCAAAAUCUACCCAUGCUGAGACCACAAUAUCAACAACUCUCUCUGUACCUGUUACACGUGAAAUCUCUACACUGGAGACAAACUCCACAACGGCCACCUCCCAACCAGCUCUGACCACCCCUUCCACUCAGAGCCCUUCAGUGACAUCUCUCUCCCACUCAACUGGUUCUGAGUCCACGCUAAAGGAGACGACUUUGGCAAGAAGCACCGUAAAGACAACUGAGCAGUAUUCAACCAUUUCUGAAGUCCCCACUAAUGAAACAACACUCACAACAAAGCUUUCCCAGCCAACAGUUACUGAAUUCACAGGGUCUUCUACACUCUCUGUGACAGCUACAGCAGAAAGCUCCACCAGUGAGACAAACUUGACAACAGUCACAUCCCAGCCAACUGUAGUGACAUCUUCCAUGGAGAGUACCACAAUGACCUCUGUAUCCCAUACAACCAUACCUGAAUUCCCCACCAGUGAGAGAACCAAGGCAACUAGUCCUUCCACUAUUAUGACUGAAUUUCCAAAUAAUGAGACCACCCUAGCCUCAACUCCGUAUGUCGCAACAACAGAACUCACUCAGAACCAAACGAUAGUGGCAACAACUCUUUCUGCAUCUGCUACAAGUGAAAUCUCCACCAGUGAGACAAGCUUGACAACAGCCUCCUCUCAGCCCAUUGUGUCAACAUCUAUUGAGAGUAGCACAAUGACUUCUGUGUCCCAUACAACCUUACCUGAAUUCACCAGCAAUAAGACAACCAUGACGCUGGCCCCUCUCCAUCCAACUCAUACUGAAUUCACAAAUACUGGAAGUACAGGAGUAACAACUCUUUCUGUCCCUAACACAGAGGAAUUCAGCAGCCGACAGACAACUUUGACAACAGUCUCUCCUCAGCCGACUGUGACCACAUCUUCUACCGAGUCUACCAUAAAGACAAAAGAGACAACCAUAUCCUCAUCCACCGUCAACAAGACCACCCUGGCGCCAACCCUUUCGUACUCAAGUCCUCCGGCAUCCACCCACAAUGAGACACUGCCAGUGACAACCCGUUUUGUUCCAAGUCCAACCAAAUCCACCACCCAUGAGAAAACGUUGGCGACGACUGUUUCUUUGCCUACCGCCGCAAGGUCCACCUCUGCCAUCUCUAGCACAAUGAUGACUUCAGAGCCAGCCACAAAUCGAGUGUCUUCUACAAGGUCUAUGGUUCCUCCUCUUUCCAUCUCGACAGGCUCUUCAGCUCCCACGAGGAAACCCAGCACCGUGACCAGCCGUGUCACCCAGACUCGGCCUAGCAGCACACGUACUUCCAUGGCUGUGCCAACCAAAAUCCCAGUGACCAGCAGCCACCCCGCAAACACCACUGGCACCACAACCACUGCGGUUCCCGCCACCACGCUGGAGCCCCUGAGGUGCCAGAACGGAGGGACGCUCCUUGUGAACCAGUGUCUUUGCCUGCCUGGUUUUACAGGGGAGCAGUGCGAAACGCUGAUGAACAACGUCAAUGUUGAUGUGGUGUCGAUGGAGAUCAAUGUCACCGUGGUGGUGACGAACGUGAAUUUCAGCCAAAGCAUGGAGGAUCCAACGUCCACGGCGUUCAAAGUGUUUGUGGAAAUCUUCAUCAUCCAGAUGGACCCGAUCUACAGGCAGACGGUGCCCGGGUUCCUGCGCAUCGAGGUGAUCCGGCUGAGCAACGGCAGCGUGGUGGUGGAUCACCGCGUGGUCCUGGACGUGCCCUACGCCACCUACGCCAGCACCUACGCCAAGGCCGUGGCCAACGUCAGCGCUCGGCUCAACGCCACCAAUUGCACCAGCGGCUUGGACGCCUCCUCUUCAGCUCUAUCACAGAAAUUGUGCUUCAGAGCCAACGAGACUCUUGUCAACACCGUCCCCCUGACGACAGCAGGCGUCUGCCUGAACAAUUUGACCAUCAGCUCGUCCUACCAGAAAUACUUCCUGCCCAUCAACAUCUCGGGGCAGCUGAUGUGCGUCUCCAACUGCAGUAUCCACCACCCCGACACCUACUCCUGCAGUGGCCGGGGGUACUGCUACAUCCAGCCAGGGGGACCCACCUGCUACUGCCAGCACUCAGACUGGUACUGGUUCACGGGCAGUCACUGCGAGCAAGUCGUGAGCAAGGUGGGCGUGGCAGUGGGGGUGGCAAUCGGCCUGGCCAUGCUGCUGCUGGUGAUUCUCAUCCUGGCCAUCUGCCUCUGCUGGCGUCAGCGCUGGAGCGGCAAGCACAGCGUGGAGGACCUGGAGGAGAGGCAGGAGAAGUGGUACAGCAACGAGGAGUGGGAGUGGAACGCGCCCCCCCAGAGAAUCGCUGCCAGGACCCCCUCUGCCCCCAGCUGGACAGAGACUGAGGGUGGCAGCGGCAGCCACAGAGUCUCCUCGUCCUUCCGGCCUUCGCUGGACAAAGUGGACACGUCCCUGCAGACCCAAAUUGCCCGGCCCCAGGUGACCCAGCUCUGAGUCCCAGCGGCUGCUCUGGCCCGUGACAUCCAGGACCGAUCCAGUGGCCGCAGCUGUCGGAGGAGGUUGCUCCUGGGGACCUGCACCCAUCAGACCUGCGGAGCUGAGGCCGGGGGGCCUAGGCCGGACGUGAACCCGGAGUCGCCACCAGGCCAGUGACUCUCUGCUGCCAAGACCCCCCCACACCUCAUGGGGCAGGGACGCAGCAGUCACUGCUGAGCUCCAGGGGAUGGGCAGGCACGAGGCCGCCGAGAUUGGGACCGUGCUGCCCGCGGUGGCGGUGGGACGCUGGGCUCUGAGCCAUGGUAGCGUCCCCAGCUCUGCCCGAGUCUGGGGGGGUCCGUUCCUCUGUGGCAGCCCGGUGCCAGGGGCAGGGUGGGGCUUUCCCAGGCCCCAGCUGCCCGCGCUGAGGUUGUUUGCACAGCGGGUUCAGCAGAUGCUUUGUCGAAGAGAAAGAAUGGGCAGGCCGGGGAGGUGCUGGCUGGCACCAGGCCCCUCUGCUGGUGAUUUCCAGGAGGGGGGAGAUGUUUACUUCCAAUUGUUCCCUUUGCCCUGAGCAAACAGGGGCGGGACUGGGGUAAGGGAAAAGGAGGCUGCGUUCCCAAGGGGUGCCACAGUGAGGCCAGGGGACCCAGGCGUCCGGGGGAAGGCAGGAUGGCCCGUUUCCAGCUGG